ACCCUUGCAGAGACGACAGAGUGGGCAGCGGCUGUCAGGGAAAUUCUGGGGGGUAUCAAGAGGCUGAUGUUGGUCACGACGUCACUGAUUUGCUGUCACGUCGAUCUAUUGCCGCCGCGGCAGCGGCCCUGAGUUCAUCCCGCGUGCCUCAAGCCUUCCUCCCUCUCUCUCUCCUUGGUAAUAACCAAAUUUUGCCCAUCUCCCUCUCUCCAGGUCCAUUGGCACAUCUUUGGCGAUCUUCCUUCUCGAGGGACACUCGAAGUACUACAGACGACGAGCACUGUCGGCUGUCAGAAAUGAUAGAUGAAAUGCCGGCACCAGCCACGCUCCGCGGCAUACUUGCCUGUCCUUAGAAUCUGCCCCUGCGCAGUUCAGUCUAUGUAUAUCACGGUCGUCUUGCAAUUCACUGCCCCCAUUCCAAUAUGUCCCUCACAACGCUCCAUUUUAUUUGAGGUGGGAACAAUAGGAUCAGCAUAAUCAACGGUUUCACAUCACGGCUACGGUAAACACCGCCCACCACGCACUAUCCUUUUGCUCUUCUCUUCCCCAUUAGUUACCUCUCAGCUCCAGCCGCAUACCUGACUAUGGCUCGCAGUCUAUCAGAGGUCUUCUUCGGUGGCACGACGUUCUGUUGCUGCCUGCGCGUGCGACUUGGGGUGAUGGUCAUGACCGUGCUGGGGAUGUUGUUUUCUGGGUUGUUCUCGGUGCUGCUUUGGUUUGAAUUAUCGUCUUCGAAAGGCUUGUCGAGCAGUGAACGCACGAUAUUGAUAUUAGCGGGGCUGGUGGAAACACUCUUGUUUGUGUUCUCGAUACUGGGCUUCGUCGGUGCCGUCGUCCGCAAACAACUAUUCGUCCAAAUCUACGCCUACUUCACGUAUUUCCAUGUCCUCGUCAACUUCGGCGUCGCUGCUUUCUUGCUGUACACUAUCGUUCAUGGGUCGCACUCGGACGUUGUUGCCGCUUGUCAAACAGCGCUUCUGAGCUCCGGAACUCAAGCUCAGUGCACAGGCAUAUUUCGAGUGGGCAUAGACAUCUACGCAGUGGUUGCCGGCGUCGUGCUGUCAUUCGAGCUGUAUGGCGCGCUGAUAGUCACCCGCUAUCUGAACCAGAUCAAGCGCGAGAAGCGGGACGUGCGGGCAUCCCGGGUUCGACAGAGCGGGUUCAAAAUGGGGUCUGGAGCUCGCUAUGCCACGAUCAAGGACGAUGAUUACGAUCACAUUCCCCUCCAAUCUGGUCGACCUCCUUCAUUCCAUGCUGCAGCGCGAGAUGACUUUGAUCCAUACCAGGAGGUGCAGGGUCCGGACUAUCGACAUACCGCGUACGAUGGCAUGCCGGGCCAUGACUUCAACGAUGCAGAACAUGAGAGAGACAUCUCUGCAGGGAGGUUACCAUGAUGAUGAUGAUGAUUUGUACUGUGUAUCUAUAGAUUCAAUGGACUGUUGGGCUUGAAUAUUUCGUGCUCGGCAGAAAGUCAGAAAGUCAUUGACAGGCGCAAAGUUCGCGUCCG